AUGGCGGGAUUCGUCACAGCCUUCGCCAAUCCGUUGAACUAUGUCGGUGGUGUCAGUUUCAACCCUGACCGAGAUAUCCCGGAUCUAUCCGGUAAGGUUCUGCUAGUAACUGGAGGAAAUGCCGGCCUUGGCAAGGAGACAAUCCUGCAACUAGCAAAACAUCAUCCGAGCAAAGUUUUCAUGGGCGCCCGUUCGGAAUCAAAAGCUGCGGAGGCUAUCAAGUCAAUAAAGUCAUCCAUUCCGGAUGAGGUAGAAAUUAUUUGGCUCCCGUUGGACUUAGCGUCCAUCAAGUCGAUUCGAAAUGCCGCCGAGCAAUUCAACGCCCAAUCCCAUCGACUGGACAUACUGGUCCUUAACGCCGGUGUCAUGUCUUUGCCCCCCGGUGAGACAGAAAUAGGUCACGAAAUCCAACUCGGAACGAACCACACAGGCCACUUCCUACUCACAAAACUUUUGCUGCCCGCACUACUCAGGACAGCAGAGGAGCCUGAUUCAGAUGUUCGCGUUGUAUCGCUCUCGUCGGUGGGGCACAAUCUUGCCCCCUCAUUCGACACGAUCAUGAAUCAGGAGAGACUCAAAAAGAUCAACACUAAUGCUCGAUACGGUGCAUCUAAAGCUGCGAACAUCCUUUUUGCCGCUGAACUUAGCCGGCGCUAUCCAUCGAUCAAGUCGGUUUCUGUUCAUCCGGGGAUUAUAUUGACGGAUUUAUAUCAUUCCAUUAAUCAGCGUUCAUCAGUCAUUGCCUUGGGGUCGAAGACUUUGCGUUUCUUCGGUUCAUCGGUUUCUGAAGGUGCAUACAAUGAGCUGUGGGCAGCUGCUGGUGCGAAAAAGGAAGAUCUUGUCAACGGAGGAUAUUAUAUUCCUGUUGGGCAUUUAAAGCCGUGCAAUAAGUAUACACAAAGUGAGGAGAUGGGAAAACAUUUGUGGGAGUGGACUGAAGCUGAACUGGCAAAAGGAGAUUCUUCAUGA